GGUCCUGGCAGGGAGGUUAAGUGAAGAGGUGGAAAGUAAGGGAUUGCUACCACCGAGCCAAACAGGAUUUAGGAGAGGGGUAGGGACAAUAGACCAAAUAUAUGUUUUGAACUAUCUAAUAAAUAAGAGAGUGGCGGAGAGGAAAGUUAAGAUGAUUGUGAUGUUCGUAGACAUGAAGGCAGCGUUUGACUCGGUGGAUAGAGAGAUUCUUGUACGGGCGAUGAGGAAGAUGGGCGUUAGGGAGAGUCUGAUCGUGAGGUGUGAGGAGGUUUUAGAAGAGACAAUGAGUAGAGUGAGAGUGGGGGAUAGGGUUGGGGGAAUCUUUUGGACGGGGAGGGGGUAAGACAGGGGUGUCCGCUGAGCCCCUGUCUAUUCACUUUGUUGUUGGCGGAUUUGGACGAGGAGCUAGAAAAAGAAGGAUGGAGAGGAGUGAAAGUAAAGGGGAGAAAAAUAUUCUCGUUGGCAUAUGCGGAUGUGGCGGUUGUAGCGGAGGAGGAAGUAAGGAUGCAAGAUAUGAUAAAGACGUUGGAAAAAUAUGUUGAACAGAAAGGAUUGGAGGUGAAUGUUGAAAAGAUCAAAGUUAUGAGGUGUAGAAAGGGGGGUGGGAGGCAGAGGAAGAUGGUGUGGAGAUGGAAAGGGAAGGAACUGGAAGAAGUGAAGGUGUAUAAAUAUUUGGGUUAUGUGGUGAUGGCAAAUGGGGAACAGAGGAAACAUCUAGAAGAGAGAAUUAACAAGGGAGCGAUAGUAAUGAAAGAAGUAUGGGGUAUAGGUAAAAGGAAGUAUGGCAAGGAUUGGUCGAGAAGAUUAUGGUUAUUUGAUAGAUUGGUGUGGUCAGUGGUUGUUUACGGGGUGGAGAGAAUUCACGAUAGGUUUUUGAAAUGGGUUCUAGGGGGGGGGAGGUGUACUCCAGGGUAUAUGGUUAGGGAGGAAACGCAGAGGGAAAAGUUGAGAAAAAAGUUGAGAGGGAAAAGGGAGAGCAGGGAUGAGGGCGUGGAGUUAUGAGAAGAAACUGAGGAAGGAAGGAGGAGGGGAUCUAGCGAGGUUAUGUUGGGAGGAGUUGAGAGAUAGAGCGCGGGAAGGGAAGGUGCAGGGGAGAUGGGAGGAGGAAAGGAGAGAUUUCUAUGAGGAGAGGAAGUGGAGUAUAAAGGAGAUUGAGGAGAUGAGA